AUCAGCUGUAUGCUCGGCUGGCACUUUUUUUAAAACGAAGCCGGAGCGAGGUAAAGUGCGUCUUAAUAUCGCGUCGUCGUCGUCUAAGACCCGAACGAUACUCCGUAGUCAAGCAGUGAUCGUUCGACGAUCAACAUGGAGAAUCAUGGAAGUAACGAAAAAUUAGUGGGCCUGGAGGCGGGCCUGGCGUGGUCAGAGAAGCCGAAGAAUCCAAUUUUCGAUCCUGCACCGAUACGGAAGAGCGUAUGUUCGAACAAACUACUGAGACGUCUUCUCCUCUUGCUAACGAUCGUGCUUCUGCUGGCCGCUGCUUUCGAGGUUCAUCGGGCCGUAAGCGAUCAGUUGCCGACGGAGGAAUUCUCGACCCGAGAUGGACCGGGUCAGAGCGAACGCGCUUUGACGAGGAGUUCGGAGAACUCCGGUGAAACAGUGGACGCGGAUACGGUUCGAGACGAACGGUUGUCAAAAUUGCGGGACGGUAUAAACGAGUUCAAAGAGUCGACAAAGUUCGAGCCGACCGCGAUCCCGGUGACAACGACGAUCGUACCGAGAACGACCAGCCGGAUCGCUGUCGACAUAACGGACGAGCUCAUGUCGAAAUUGGACAAAGUGAACGAGCUCGAAACGCGCAUCGAAGAAUUGGACGACGUGUUCCGGGAGUCCGAGGCGGAUAUCGAUUGGGCGAAGGCGGCUCAGAUCUACGGUGAUGUAUGGGCCGCUCUACGUCUCUUCGAACAGACUAUUCACAGUGAAUUACAGAGGAGCGGUUUUCCGGUCAACGAUUACCUGGAUGACCCUCGAGUGGAAACGACCACCGAGUCUACGACCGAAAUUUUUGAAUCGGUCCCGACCGUCGCGCCGACCGAAGAAUCCGAAUCGUCUUGGAGCUGGCAUUUCAGCUUCGGCAACUGGGCUUCUUCGUCUUCGGACCCAGAAACUACCGAAGGACCCGUCGAUACCGAGAACAAUCAACCGGAUGUCGAGACGUCGUCGAAAAAAAGUAGAGGCUUCAUGAGUCGGAUACACAUUUUUCCUUUCUCCAUGAGCUGGGGCUGGAAUAGCGAAGACGAAGACGAAAAUCCGUCUUCGGACGGUGUAGCUCGAGAAGCCACGACGAGCGAAAGCGAGGAGACGUCGACCGCCGAACCUAGGGAGCUGAGUGCAGAAAUAUCCGAACCCCUGAAUUCACCGAUAACCGAGGACUACGACUACUCGUCGGAGGAUUACUAUUCCUACAUAUUCGACAAUUACAUGGAUCAAUCGGAGGCCGAUGAAACCACGGGUAAAACUCCGCUCCUCGAACCGGAAAUGGGCUCCGUAACGUCCGGUUCAUCGACCGAGGAACUCGAGGAUGGAAUUCGAAUCCCGACAACGGCUACCCCGCCCGUAUCUUCGCCGGAAUCGCCUCUGCCGAUCGUCGAUAAAGAAGAAGAAGAAGAAAGUGAACCGGAGAAAAUUAUCUCCGACAAAUCGGUGCCCACAGCUCCCCAUUUUUACAAGGUCAUUUUCAAGGACGGGGAAUUCCACAUUUCAGACACGCUCGACGACACCGCGGCGGAGUCCCUUGGGCACGACGAUCUUGUAAAAAUAUCGCGUGGGCUCACGAUGCCAAAUACCGAAGAUCAAGACUACUCGAUGUACCCCGAAUACGACAAUUGGUUGGAUUUGGAUAAAAUGCUGCCAGAUCUACACGAUUAUUCAGAUUUCAGAGACUUUCUGGUGCCCCCGAUUCCUCGUCUAGCCGAUCAGGUCGGAACAAGGUCGAAGCGUUUCGUAAACAACGUGCUGCCGGCGCAAGGGGCUGUAGACGACGAAUUUUUGACGGAACAGUCGGCCGGUGACAUGGCUGUCUUACAGCAGGCGAUUGACGACGAGAACCACGUAAUUCGGAACGAAAUAUCGGAGACGGAUGGGCGGCGCAAGCUCGCUCUUCAGGAAAAGCUCAACAGAUAUUACAAGAAGAUGGAAUCCAUAUCAGCCCACAUCGACCGACUUCACAAAAAGCUCCUAAGACUGAAUUCGCUCAACGACGACUACGUUUCCAGGGAAUUUCCGCCGAACGAGUAAUUGGAAGGGGAAGUAGUUGACGUUUUUAAAAAUUAAAAGAGAAAAAGAAAUGUGGCUGUCGUUACGAACUACACUCGCACAAAUUUAAGAAUGUUUCGUCGGAGGUAUAUUAGUUCGACAAACAAGUGACGUUGAGGUAAUAAAAAAAAAUUGAUUACUGCUUAA